UUGACAUUUGCGGUGGCAGCUGCCCAUAGUUUGUUGUGAAACACAGAAUUUUAAGGUUUCUGCUUUUUGAUUUUAUAAUUCGACAGUUCCAACUAUCGUAUUUAUUCGGAUAGAUACAAUUCCGCUGCAGAAGAGAGAUGGCGAUUGUUAGCAACAAUUUAGACCAUUGCAGCUUUUGCUCUGAAAUAUGCAAUGAAAAUUUUCGUCACGUGUUGAUCCCCGCUCACGGUCAAGAUCAGAAGCUAAAAACUGUCCUGCAGAAGUUGAGCGGUUUCACUUCCCAGCUGAGCAGUUAUCCUACGUGCGACAAAUGUCGCCAAGAAUUCAUAAGCCUGCACAGUAUUCCCGAAAGCUGCUUCCAAAUUUUGCCCAACGCUGAACCGAAUGACAUCAAGAUGGAACCAGAGUUAAUGAUUGAUGACCACGAGUUGUCGGAUAAUGAUAACAUUCCUGAGACAGACCCAACAACGAUCUUAAGGUCAAUCGAGCAGGAAGCCGAAAUGCAAAUCAAGGGAGAAAACGGAGCGGUAUUCUUUAUAAACGAAAUGGACGAAGAAGAGGACAAUGCAUCAAUCAAUUGUAAUAAAGACCCCAUACUGUUACACGCGGGAGAGAAAUCGUUCAAUUGUAGAAAGUGUGACAAAACAUUUCGCUCAAAAUACGAACUCCAAGUGCACGCUCGAACUCAUACGGGUGAACGUCUUUAUUCUUGUCCACAUUGCCCAAAAGCGUUCAAAUAUCGUUCAACACUCCAAAUUCACACUCGAGUUCAUUCGGAUGAACGUCCCUACUCUUGUCCAAAUUGCCCAAAAUCGUUUAAGGAUACUACAACGCUUAAAGGGCACAUCCGAACUCAUAUUGAUAAAUUUCACUAUUCUUGUCAGCAUUGUCCGAAGAUGUUCAGGCGACAAAAAACGCUCAAACUGCACACUGUAACUCAUACGGGCGAACGUUCCUUUUCUUGUCCCCAGUGCCCGAAAGCGUUUAAGAGGUCUUCAGGACUAAAAGAACACAUCCGGUCUCAUACGGGUGAACGUCCCUAUUCUUGUCCACACUGUCCGAAAGCGUAUAAGAUUUCUACGGCACUCCAAGAGCACAUUCGAACUCAUACGGGUGAGCGUCCCUAUUCUUGUCCACAUUGCCCAAAUGCAUUUAGGAGUAAUGCAGCGCUGAAACAGCACAUUCGAAUUCAUACUGGUGAACGUCCUUAUUCUUGUCCACAUUGUCCAAAAGCGUACAAGGAUUAUGCAACUCACCAAAUUCACAUUCGAACUCACACGGGUGAACGUCCCUUUACUUGUCCUCACUGUCCAAAAGCAUUCAAUAGUCUUCCAUCGCGCCAAAUUCACAUUCUAACUCACACGGGUGAACGUCCCUAUUCUUGUCCACAUUGUUCGAAAGCGUUUAGGCAUUCUAGUACACUUCGUCGGCAUGUUUAUAAGAACCAUUCGCUUGCGAGUAUUGUUAAUGAUUCAAACUAGCACAACCAGUUCGAUGAAAAUACAGGUGGCUCGGACCAAAGAACAUCAUUGACCGUUAUGAACGAAGUUACUGAAUGUUGAGGAUUUUUUUGUCACUGGAAGCUGUUGACAGAUAAUUAUUGAGCUUGCUCCUAAGCAAAACUUUUCAAGAAUUUCCAAAAUAAUAUACAAAAAAAUCCGUG